GUCAAAGACGGUGCUACCUAAGCUUACUCCUAACCUUGGCACAUGUAUUUUUUACAUUAAAAUAUUCCUACAAUAAAACCAACUCCAUUUUCAUACGGAGUAACAAACAAAAUCAAAUCUAUCUUUUCACCAAAACCCCCCAAACCAUUUCCAAUGCAUAAGAGCUAGUUGUUGAAAAAUACAACCUUACAAAUUUACAAACCAAAAACCCACAAAAACAAAGAAAUUAAAACAACCACAAAAUUAUAAUUCACAAAAAUGGCUAAGCCUAAGGGAGAAUUACCCAAAAUAAACCACAAUUAUACAAACAUCAAUAACAAUAAUAAUAACACAAUGUUAUUAUCUUCUUCUUCAACACGAGGCAUUAGAAGCAGCUUCCAACUCCUAACAAUCAUCCUCAUUGUUCUCGUCAUUUCCGUCUUCUAUUUUACGUCCCAAGACGACGGAUCGAUAUCGUCGUCCUCGUCGUUGUCGCCGUUGUCGUCGCCAUCGUUGCCGCCAUCGGAAAAUAAUGAAGCUGUUGUUACAAAGGAGGACAAAAUAGAAAUGAUGCCGAGGGAGAGGGAGAGGGAGAGGGAGAGGUGUGAUUAUUUUUCGGGGGAAUGGGUGUUUGAUAAUCAAAGUUACCCUUUGUAUAAUGGAAGAGGUUGUAGUUUUUUGUCGGAUCUUUUGGGUUGUGAGAUUUUUGGACGUCAAGAUUUGAGUUAUCAAUAUUGGAGAUGGCAACCUCGUCAUUGUGACCUCCCAAGGUUUAAUGCCACAGCAUUGCUAGAGAAGCUAAGAAACAAGCGUCUUAUGUACGUUGGAGACUCUCUGAAUAGAAACCAAUGGAUUUCUAUGACGUGUUUGGUUGACUCCACAAUUCCUCCUUCCCUCAAGUCCAUGGAGAAUAAUGGUUCCCUAUUCACAUUCAAAGCGAUUGAAUACAACGCGACAAUAGAGUUUUAUUGGGCCCCGUUAUUGGUCGAAUCCAAUGCAGACGACCCGUUUAAACAUCGACUUACCGAGAGAAUCGCGAGGACUCAAGCAAUUGAGAAGCAUGCCAGACAUUGGACUAAUGCUGACUUCCUUGUUUUUGACUCUUAUUUGUGGUGGAGAGUUCCUACCAUGAAAGUCUUGUGGGGAAGCUUCGAAAGUCCAGAAGGAAUAUACAAGGAUGUAGAAAAGCUAAAAGGUUAUGAAAUGGCAUUAAGGACAUGGUCAGAUUGGUUAGAGAUUCAUGUCAACCACUCCAAAACUCAAAUCUUUUGGAUGAGCAUGUCUCCUACCCAUGAAAGGAGUGACGAAUGGGGAGGAGUAAGCGGGCCAAAUUGUUACAAUGAAACACAACCAAUAAAGAAGCAGGAAUACUGGGGAAGUGGUUCAGACCCGAGUAUGAUGAGAUUAGUUGAAGCGACAAUUGAGAAGUUGAGCAAAAAGGGGUUGAACAUAAACUUACUCAACAUAACUCAACUAUCAGAAUAUAGAAAAGAUGGGCACCUUUCAAUUCAUAGAAAGCAGUAUGAUACUCUAACAAAGGAGCAACUAUCAAACCCGAGUGGCUACGCUGAUUGCUUUCAUUGGUGUCUUCCUGGUGUACCUGAUACUUGGAAUGAAAUCCUCUACUCUUACAUUUUUAGUUCCUUAUGACAUACACAAUCAGUACAUAGUAUACCAAGUAGAAUACAAAUAUAUUCUCUCUUUUUUAUGUAAUACCAUGUAUGCUUAGAAAUAUUCUGUUGUUAAUGCUAUUACACCAGCAAAAUUUACAAAUUCUUGUAAACUGUCAGACAAAAUGUCAUGUAUCGUCUGACAUGCUAAUGAGCAUGGUCUGACAGUUACGAAAGUAUAGAGGAUAUGCAGUAGGAAGGAUUCCAUCAUGUGAGAAAUUAUGUUUUUCGAACCAAAUAUUUCCACAGUUCCAUGUGUGGUUGAUACUGUAAAGAAAUUCAGAAAGAAAUACACUGCAGAACUGAGACAAUAUUGCCUAAAGAAUGUAGUAUUUU